GUUCGCGUGUUAUGAAGGCGCGCCCCCGCGCUCCCUCAGGUGAAUGGGGAGAGAGAGGACGACUCUCUGUGAGCGUCUUUGCCCAAACUGAGGUGACCAAAAUGGGGCUUCGUGGACUGAGCGGGACGCGGGUUUACGCGACAGUCUGUCUGCUGUGGAUGAGUGGAUGUGUCGCGCAGAAAGUAUACUUUGACUGUGGAGCUAAGGUGGAUGUUGUGGAUGUCCAAGGCCUCAUUCUGUCACCUGGCUUCCCAUAUAACUAUUCAUCCGGCACUCACUGUGUGUGGCAAUUCUUCGUACCCGUUGGCCAUCAGCUGAUCUUGGAGAUGUUUGAUUUUGAUGUCUUUGAGAGUCCAGACAAUCCAACGGAAUCUACCUCCACAUCGGCAGACAAUGUGGAUGAGGUACCAACUGAUGACAGUACAGUGGUAUCGAAAGGUCUAGCUAAUAGUCAGAGCAUCGGGGGUCCAAUUAAAGAACCCCAGUCCGCACGUAGAGAAGAGGUCAAGCAAGUGGUUGUCCAAGAGCAGUCCUCCAAAAUGGAGAUGACCAAAGUUUCCAACUCUGCCAAAAUGCUGGCCGAUUCCCCCUCUGCUGUACCUUUAGCUCCACAAACUUCUUCACCAUUAUCUGGAGCUCAAAACGGUGAAAAGAAGGUCAGGAAUUCUGUUUCACUCCAGCGAUCGAGAGUAGCCAGCGACCCUGCAGACUUUGUCACAGCAAGCCCACGAACAGCCACCGAAAUGGACGAAGAAGUGAGCGCUUACUCCCAGACGCCUUUGUUGGACGCCUGUCCACAUGAUGUACUCUACAUUUCCGACCUCAUCACCUUUUCAUCUCGAUUCUGCGGCUCCAGACGCCCUUCUAGCAGCCAGCUGGUGUUUGGAUCGGAGGAUGACAUGGUGGAGGUCAUUAUGGAGUUGAUCACGACCACCCAUUGGGGGCGUGGUUUCGCUUUGCUGUUUCAUUAUCAGAAUCAGACACAGGCUGCCAUGAUAGGCCAUCAGAAAUCGGCAUCGCCCUCAGAUGGCGGCACCAGUGCGAUGCUGGGAGCAGUGAGUGGAGCGGUGGUGUUUGCAAUGUGUCUUGCUGGUAUCCUCUGUGUGAUUUUCAGACCGAAACUAUGUCCGAAAGAGGCCGCGACUGCUUCAUCCAUCAGCUCAGAGGUUCCAGAAGGAGUUUUGAAUUCAGCAGCAGAUGUUAGUGAACUGCAGAUGGUUUCUUCAAAUCGCUUGGAGCAGCAGAUGGGUACAGUGAACGACAACAACAACCAUUCCCUCCACCACAGUCUGUCCCAUACAGGGUCAUCGGUGAAUGCAGAGAAGACUGCUCUAGAGAUGUUCUCCAGUGACCUGACGGAACUAGAGCUGGGCACAGACGAGGUGUUCGUGAACAUUUCUCCAGCCAAACUUCCCAUCUCUGCACACACACAACGAGAACGUUUCCUGAGACACAGUGACACGGGACCCAGUCGCCUCUUUGAUUGGCCGUCUCCAGAUUCAGCCCUGCCUACCGCGACCAAAAGCAGUUUCACCGGAUCGGCGAACAGCGCACGGCCGCGAGCAUGGAGCGUCCGAACUUUCCAGGAUCUCCUUCCUCCGCUUCCUCAAGUCCACAAGAAAUGGUGCAGCUGGAACUCAACAAGCCCCUUCACCAAACUGGUGGAUAGUGGACUUCCAAGCAGAGCUACAGAUGGUGGCAGGGCAAAGAUCCUUUCUGACACUCCUCUACAGAGUCCUGACGAGUCCUCCUUCAUAAGUAACGCUUCAUACCCGCUGACUCAAUCUGCACAGCGUCAACGACGACUUAACUCCACCUGCAACCUCAGACGAACCCGUUUCAAUGCACCGUGCUUUGGCCUACUCUCCGGAGCAUCCGAGUCAUCCAAGCCACAAGGAUCAACUACCGUAAAUGGAAAUACAACCCCAAACCAGUUUUCUGAGGCCAGCUCUCCAUCCGGCCAGCAACACGUCCAAGGGAGGCUUUUAAGUGGCGAUGACGACCACGUUACUGUGCCAGUGUUUGCUAUCUCCGAAGAGGAAGACCGACAGCCUCUUGUGUUAGCAGAACGUCAUGACAAGUCUUUGAAGACGAGCGAACAGAAAUGUGAGGGGCUGAUCAUGCCACUUCUGUCAAAAGGCCAGCUCCCCACCGUCCAAUCAACUGAUCGCUCUAUAGUGAGGGGAGAUGAUGGCCUAACUGGAGGUCAUGGUGGGAUGUCCUCUCUCAUGCAAACAGCGACUUAAGAAAUAAAGUCUGCAAGAAGCAAUCUACUUUGCUCCUUAUGCCAAUCAGUGCCAAGUGUGGUGGUCAUGUGACCAGCUCAGCCAAUAGAUCGGUCAGCAGGAAAGGUUACCUUGAGAUUCCACAAAUGUUUGUUAUGAAUCAAUGAAACGUCGUGUUGAAGCACUUAUUGUUCUUUCCUUUUUUUGCUUGGUUAAGCCAUUGGUUGUGUAUUCACAGGGUUAAUUUGCUAAGUAUAAAACCAUUAGUAUCGUUUAUAACCUGCAAUUGUUUAGAAAUGACUUUUUUAGCAUUGAAUACUUAAUGUUCCAUUCACUAAUGAGAGUUUGCGUUAAUAUUUUUACUUCAUGAAAUUCCAUAUUUGCUCUAUGAACAAUGCAGCUCAUUUCUAAUCCCUAGGCAACACGUAAAAGACCAAUUAGCAAGUCUGAUAGAAAGCUGCUUGGCAUCGUUUGCAACUUCCACUCGUUUUUUCUCUAUUCACCGAAACACUUAUUAUACCCUUAGGAAUCUCCACAAGUUAAAGCCUUUUUAAACUGGAUGUGUUCGUAUUUCUAAAGUGAUUAAAGAAAAAGGAGCGAAAUGAAUUGUUUGCUUAUUGUUGCCUGAUUGUUGUAUGGUUUGUGUAUUUCAUUAUGAUGUCACAAUGGUUUUCACCUCCUGUAGCAUUUCUUACUAUGUGCCUAUCUAUCUAUGCUGCUAAAUAUGUACUGAUGCAAUAAUUCAAAGUGUAUACAAUCAUAUUUUUAUAAUGUAUUAAAUUUCAUAUAUGCUGUUUUCAUUAUACAGUAUGGCAUAUUUUUUUAUCUAAAUGCAGUGAUAUUGUGUUGGAUUACAAAGGGAACUGACCACUUUAAAACCUAUAAAAUGCAGUAACUAACAUUUCAUGCAAAUAAAUACGUA